GAAUGAGGGUCUCAAAAAGUUUGGAUGGAUUCUUUCAGAUACUAAUUGCACACCUGUGUACUUUCCACAACAAAGCUGCAUAAGCAUAUAUUUUAAUCCUUUGUAGCAAUACUCAGCCUUCCAAGAAUCUCAGCUUUUGUUUUAAAACAAGUCAAGUCCUUAAGGCCAUUUCUUACUUAGACACGCAGACAUUCCUUUGUCUACUUGAUUAAAAGGUGCAAGAGAGCCCUCUCUUCUCUCUCUCUCCUUCCCUACUGAAACCUGUUAAGGUUUUAAGGGUCAAAACCCAGAACAGUGCCUGGCAACAGAAUGCUUAAAAGGGCAGGAGCAGGAGAUUGGGGGUUCUGUGCCAAUGUCUUCUGCCUCCCAUCAUUCCCAUCACCUGCUGUCUGACCCUUUUGCAUGUUGUCCACUGCCAGUUUGAAGAGUGAAUCCCUCUUAACAAGGGACGUUUCAGCAUCAAGUGAAGGUUAGAAAGCUGCAGGUAGGAUGGGGACCAAUGGGUGUGAUUGCCCUAUGUGGACCACUUUGUUUGCCUCCCUUAAAAAUAGGUUUCUGAUCUAUGGCCAGACAGCUUCUUUCUAAAGAACAAGGAAUUUAUUUAUUUUUUUGAGUGGGAGGGAAUUGGCUAGAAAGAAAUAAAAGAUCAGUAGAAGCUGGCAUAAUGCCCCCACUUUAAGGAAAGGUGGUUGUGUUGCUGAACUUAAACAGCUCUUAAGCAACUAAGGCUUUCUGGUGGAAAUAAGUCAUCAACUCUAAAACACACAUACUGGGCAUGGUAAAAACCACCGUCUCUCCUCUCCACCCUGGAAAAAAACUUUUGAAAUCCCAGCUGGAAAUGAGACAGUGCCACCUAGUGAGAAAAAACGUCUCACUGGCUGCAGAGGCUUCUCAGGCUUCUGUGUCUCAUUUGUGCCCUUUGAACCCAUCAAGGGAGGAGGCAGAGAGGCAGGCCCACUGGCUGUGCAUGUUAUGGGGGGGAGUAUCUCUCCUGGAAACCUUUAAAGCUACCAGCUGUAUCCUGUCUUGGUGGGUUCAGCAUGGAGAUCUUCUGUUCCUUGGGGCGCAAAGCCCUAUUGCAGGGGAAGGCGUGUCAAAACAGCCUCACCGUUGGCAAGCAGGUGUCCUGCAGAACAUUCCCGACAGGCACAUGUCGCUCUCAGCAGCUCAGCAGCAACAGCAGGGCUAACCCAGGCCGGCCUGGCUCCCUGCCCAGAACUCCCCGCGGUUCCUUCUUUGAAAGUUUCUACACCGAGAGUUUUCUCCCUCGUCGCCUUCUCUCCGAUGCCCGCUCCAAUGUGCCGCCCAGUGCGGAGUUCGUGGCCAGACCCGUGGGGAUCUGCUCCAUGUUCAAGCUGCCCAUCCGGAAUUCAGCAGAGGGUCUGGACGUGGCUUUUGUGGGGGUCCCUCUUGACACGGGGACCUCCAACCGUCCUGGGGCCAGGUUUGGUCCUCGCCACAUCCGGGCCGAAUCUUCAAUGGUGAGAUUGUUCAAUCCAAGCACUGGGGCAGAUCCAUACCAUUCUCUUGUGGCAGCCGACAUUGGAGAUGUGAAUGUCAACCUGUAUAACCUGAAGGACAGCUGCCGACAAAUCCGAGAGGCCUUUCAAAAGAUAGUGGCAUGGAGCUGCGUGCCCCUCACACUGGGUGGAGACCACACGAUCACAUACCCCAUCUUGCAAGCCGUGGCAGAAAAGCACGGCCCUGUGGGGCUGGUACAUGUAGACGCCCACACGGACACCGGAGACCAAGCGUUGGGGGAGAAGAUCUACCAUGGGACACCGUUCCGGCGCUGUGUGGACGAGGGGCUCCUGGACUGCAAACGGGUCGUUCAGAUUGGAAUCAGAGGCUCCUCCUACACUCAGGACCCUUACAAGUAUUGCCGAGACCAGGGUUUCCGGGUGGUGCUAGCAGAAGACUGUUGGAUGAAGUCACUAGUCCCUUUGAUGGCAGAGGUGAGAAAGCAGAUGGGAGACAAGCCCAUUUAUAUCAGCUUUGACAUCGAUGGAAUAGACCCUGCGUAUGCCCCUGGCACUGGGACACCCGAGAUUGCUGGCCUGACUCCUUCACAGGCUCUGGAGAUUAUUCGUGGCUGCCAAGGUCUGAAUAUCGUUGGGGGUGACCUUGUUGAAGUGGCACCGAUGUAUGAUGCUUCCGGUAACACAGCACUCCUGGGAGCAAAUCUGCUCUUUGAAAUGCUGUGCGCCCUCCCGCGAGUCAAGAGGACAUAAACCGUUCCAGGGAAGCUUCCGAUUCACGCUAAAGAUGCCCGUAAUGCACAAGGACCUCCCCACGGACCUGCACAGAAUCAGGACUUGGCGUUUUGAACUUUGCUGGAUCUGUGCAACUCUCUGCCAGUUACCAGAACCCUUUCCUGACAUCUACAGCAAUAACCAGGACAGCUGAAAAUGUGCAGGGUUGACAUAAUGGGAGACUGCUCACCAGCAAACGCAAGUUCUGGGAAUCUUUGGUUUUGUGGGGAAAUUAAGUUGCUAAUCCUCAUUGCUGCUGAAAGAAAAACAAAAAAACUGAAGCACAGGACACAGCCACCCAAUACCUAAGAGCACAUGGCAAUGUCAGCUAAGUCCCAGCCUUUAAUUAAGAGCGUAGUAGUUUGCAUAAAAGGCACGUGCAAAUAAAUGAAUGUACAAAUUAUAAA